CGAUAAACGAUAAAGGGUCUUUCUUCAUGGAGAUCAUCUCUUGUGUUCACUCUCCUGCCAUGCCCUGGUUUAUCCUGAUACUAGGUCAUGUGCUGUGCCAUUUCGGCCAAUGAGGUGAGGUAUAUUUGCAGCCAGCAGACCUCUUCGCAUUAAGUUGAUAUACUACUAUAGAGCCUAGAGAUCUAUACUAAACUCAUCCAAUCCCACCUAGCUUAAGCUAUAUAUUUUUAUCGUUUUGUACAGUCUUUAUGUUUUCUUGCCCCCAACUGAAAUUUAUCCUGAGUAUUUCCAUCAGAACAUGACUCCAGAUGCCUUUCCAAAAUUCCUACAACUCCCCAAAGAGAUUCAGAUUCUCAUCUGGGAAGCUGCAGUCCGCCCAAUCCCUGGCGAUCGCCAUGUUCACCGAUUCUAUAUCGCCGACUAUCGUGUUCUCCAGCCAACUCCCAUGAAACCGAUACAAGGGAGAUUUCUUCGCUUGCUACGCACUAAGAAAUUCGAGUACGAGUCUGUGAACAUUGCUUCAGGGCUUUCACUAGCUAUCCCAAUUGAUGAUGUUGCGGGCAACCCAAAUGAGUCAGUCUACCUGACAGACAGCUAUCUCUGGACUUUUUGCAAGGAAUCACGCCAAGCGAUGGAAAGACGCUUCACUAAGAAUGAAUGGUGGUCGCACGUCAAGUCCCCCUUUCACCCAAAACGUACAGCAGAACCAGGCCGAUAUAUCAGUCAAAAAGGCGCUACUCAUACUGCAUCUUACCAAGACAAUGAUGGUAUCGUCAAGCAUAUCACAAUAGAUUUCGACAACGAUCUCAUCCACUUUGAUCCUCGAUGGCUAAGCCAAGUGGAUUGGUGGCAUAUUGGCCCAAGUGUCUUCUUGCCUCUAUUCGACGAAAGCCCGUCCAAUCAAAGAUCAGGAUUCAGCUUCAUAGGGAGCAACGUUGCGAUGGAUUAUGACCCCACGAUUAUGGACACCCUCAAAAACCGUAAGGUCCACUACAACCAGAUAGGAUUGGGGAUGACUCGUGGAGUUUUUGAAGACAUGAUAAGCUAUCUCCUUGACGUUGCAAAGGUCACAAUUUGGUGUAUUGAUUACAGCCUGAUACGGGCACAGCAUAUCCCAAGAACGUCAGAAGAAGGGAGAGGGCAGCAAGAGAGGAAUGCAAAUCCCACAAGGGAGAUCUUCCGUUCAAGUGAUCUCAUCUACAUGGAAGUCAAGAGAGAAGACAUCGGCACCUCGUGGGUCGUAAGCAACAGCAACGAUGAAGUCAACAUUGGCGAGGCAGAGACUGCUUUUGACAUGUUUGACCUUCUAUCACUCAACGACGCUCUAUCACUCAGCAAUAAUGAUCUCGGUCAUCUUCGGGUUCUAGCUUGUGAACCAGUGGCUGGAAGAAUGCCUCGACCGCGUACACCAUGGGCGCGGAGAUGUGUUGGUGAUGAGACUUGCGAGACUUGUAAUCCCGACAGAAUUGUCCCUCGUCUGCCGCCGUCAAAUAUCAAGAGAGAAGGAUCAGAGAGUUCAUCGAGCGUUUCUAGCUCAGACUUGAAUUUAUUCGACUAGAGAGAUCGGAUGAAAAAGCUUAAGGUCUCUACCCUAAGUGAUGAACGUCUGAAAUAAAUUUAGAAUAAUUUAUCUUUAACUUUAUAGACUUCAGAAUACCUAUAUAUUCUUGAUAUCU